UGCGGCGUCAUGGAGACGAUCACGUGCUUCUUUAACGAGUGCAACCAAGCGGUCGUACCGGGCUCGUGGAAGUGCGUCUUCCAUCGCCACCGGUCGCGCUGCCAGGUCGACGACUGCCGCAACCAGGUCUACGCGCGCAGCCUCUGCGUCCGCCACGGCGGCAAGCGCAAGUGCGAGGCGCCCGACUGCGGCGUGCACGUGCGCCAAGGUCGCUUCUGCACGCUCCACGGACCCAAGGUCGACAAGCCGCGGUGCACCGAGGAAGGCUGCGAAAAGCAAGCACACAUGCGCUCCAAGUGCGUCCGGCACGGCGGCGGCCGCCUCUGCAAGGUCCAGCACUGCACAACCUAUGCGCGCGGCGGCGGGCUCUGCUGGCGCCACCGCAAGCGCGACGACGAGGCCCCGUCGCAUCGAGAUAAUACCGCGGCGCUGCCGUCUGUCCACUUGCUUUUAAGCAGCCGCCACGAGGCCAUGAAGCGAGAGGCGACUUUGUGGAUGCCGCCGCCGCCCGCCAAGCGCUACGCCGGUCCUCCUCCUGCAAAGUAUACCGUCGAGCCGCUCUUGCCGCCGUGCCGGUCGCUUCUGCAAGGAACCGAGUACCACGUCGAGACGCCGCCCGACCAUACUCGUCGGUAUGUGCAGCCAGCGAUGCAGCGGCCAGCCUGGUAUUAAUGGACAAUAAUAAUGUGUACAA